AUGUUCCAGUACCGAACUAUUGAGUUUUCAAUAUGAAUUUUGUAAUUUAUCAGAAGGUAUUGACAAUAAAUCAAUAUUAAUUUGUAUCGCUUUGUGAUCAGUAAGAGGGGUAGAUAAAACAGCAACACUUAAGUGGCCUUCAAGCAUAUGUGAGACCAACCACAGAUCUUAGACCUUGAAUUGUUACACAAGGUAAAGAUUGUGUUGUGAGGAUGCUUAACUCUCCAGGCGUCAAUUCAAUUAAAUAUCUGCAUUAACCUUUUCACUUUUACAUUGUCCUACUCGCUUUUCUGAAACGAGACAGCCUCGAUGACGUAUGCGGCCGACAAAUGCGACCUCCGGAGGACGUAUCCUUCCAAACGAGGCACAGCCGUUCUGCCUCAUCGCUACGUUGCAGUACCAAACAUUCACGCAGCGAGUCGCUGUCUCACUGAACCUACAGUUGAGCUGCGUUUUUCGAGCAAGAUCUGAGCAAUGACCUCUGACGCUUUGUUUACGUGGAAGGGAAUCUUUUUCGUGCUUCCGGGUUUUUAAUUCUCAGUUCAGUUGAGUUUUAAAGAGAUGGCUACGAUCCCAGCCCAGUCUCUGAGGGUUUCAGAAAUUAAAGACCCCACCGUUUUAUUUGAACGGUACAGUACUGAUGAUAUUCGCGCUAUCGAGAGGAAAGUGCGGGGAGAAAUAGAGCAGAAGAAGGAGGAACUUCGACAGAUGGUUGGUGAACGAUACAGGGAUCUGAUCGAUGCUGCUGACACGAUCGGUGAGAUGAGACAGUGCUCGGAAAGUGUCGUUCAGUCCAUUCAGGACAUGUAUCGGUACUGCCAUAAACUGAAGCAGGGGAAACACACCCCUCAGGCCAGCUGCAAAGCAGAGGGUCAGAAACAGUCCCAGGAGAAAUUCUACACAAUGGCAUCACAGAUAAAGCUACUUCUGGAAAUCCCUGAGCGGAUCUGGAGCGCCAUGGAGUCCUCACAGUACUUGCAAGCCACACAGCUCUACCUGAUGUGCUGUCACCUUCACAGACAAUUACACUUGGAGGGCGGAGGGCAUCAGUACAGCCCUGUACUCUCUCGCUUCCCCAUCCUGGUGCGGCAAGUAGCAGCUGCUGGUCACUUCAGGUCUACAAUCUUAUUGGACAGCAAGACUGUACUGCGUGGCAGGGCAGUGUCUGAUCAGGCGAUCGCUGAAGCGCUGGUCUCCACCAUGCUCCUGGAGGACAGCUCUCCUCGCCAGGCACUUGCUGAUUUCCUGCUGGCUAGAAAAGCAUCCAUUCAACAACUGCUAAAUCAGCCUCAGCAUGGUGCUGGUGUUAAAGCACAGGUUUGUUCUUUGGUGGAGCUGCUGGUCACCACUCUGUUCCAGGCUUACGCUGUGUUUUAUGUGCCUACGGAGGGCCAAAUGUCCGAUACUGGUUUGGGCUGUGGCCUACUUUUCACCACCUUGGAAAAUGUGACCUCCAAGACAUCCACUGGGAAAGAGAAGAAGGUUCUAGACAAGGAGAUGAGCACAGGCAGCUGGUUUAAACACCUCCCCCCUUCAGUGAUGAACUUCCAGCCUGCUCUUCGGACACUAGCACAACCUAUACAGAGGGAGCAGCUCAGAGACACACUGCAGCAGUGGAUUGAUACCUGUAAGGAGGAUAUCCGCAGUGGAGUUAACAGCCUGCUGGUCUAUGUGAAGAGUCUGAAGGGUCUAGCGGCAAUCAGAGAUGCUGUGUGCGAGCUGCUCAGCAGUGAAUUCAUCAGCCAGCACUGGAGCACAGUGUGCCAGUGCCUCCUCGAGCGACCUCUGGCCCUGUGGGAUGACCUUUUACAGCAACUAUUCCUCCAACGACUCCAGGCAGUCACACAGGAGGGCACACAAGGGAUCUCCAGCAGCUCCAGACAGCUCUUGUCUUCGGCUCUGCAGGAUCUACAGAGCCAGACCUCCACUGGGAGUUUCAGCAGAGGGGCGCAGUAUGAGAGUGAUGUUGCCGCUUUCCUGUGGUCCGAAUCUCAAGGAGACCUCCUUAGCGAUGCAGCUUGGGUGAGUGUAUCCCAACGAAGCCCCCAGCAGAAGAGCGGCCUGUCCAUGAAGACCCAGGCCCUCACCCCAUGUGUCCAAAUGUUCUGCUCCAGCCUGGACUCCAAGCUCAAAGCCAAACUAGAUGAUCUUCAGCACUACUUGCCCUCUGAAAAAAACAAGGAGACAUCAGACACUGUCCCAGUAGCAACUACAUCCCCUAUUAACCGCUUUAUGGAUGCUGGAGCAGUGGAGGACAUUCUUCGAGACCACUGCCUGGAAUGUGUGAGGGACAUCCUUAGCAGUGUGCGCUCUGAGCUUGCUAAUGCCCAGGAUAAGUCCAAGAGCCCCAGCCAGUUAAGUGCAGUACUUUUUAUGGCGAGACUGUGCCAGUCAAUGGGGGAGUUGUGCCUCAGUCUGAAACAAUGCAUCCUGGGUAAGCAGGGGGGUAUGGAUCCUGUGAACAGAGGUACACCGCGACAGGGCAAGAAGUUGGGCAAAGGCAGCACAACAAAGACAGCAGAGGUCAGCCCAGCACAAGUUAAGUGGAGCCAUCUGAAAGAUGAACUUCUAUCUUGCAGCAUGGAGGGCUAUGGUAUAUGGAGCUCUGCACUCACCAAGGCACUUGUAGGCAGCUUUGCUACAACUCUACAUGCAGGAACAGCUGGCUCCAUCCUGGGCACUGCAACAAAUUGGGAGGAGCUUGAGAUACAGGAAGAGACUGAGUCAGGAAAUAAUAUAAUGUCUAAAAUACGCCUCCCUGUACAGCCCUCGUGGUAUGUUCAGUCCUUACUCUUCCAUCUGUGCCUUGAGGUCAAUAGGGUCGGAGGUCAUGCGUUACCAAAGGUCACUCUGUUGGACAUCUUGCGGGGAUGUCUAGGCAUGGUGGUGAGUGAGUACGAAAAACUCACUUGGGACACACAGAGCAAGGAUGCAACCCUCCCCAUGACCCAAAACAGAGCUUUGCAGCUACUGUUUGACCUUCGGUAUCUCAAUGCCACUUUAGGGGCCCGCCUUGAAGAGGGCAAGAGCUCCCGCUCACAGCAAGACCCAAGGAUCCAGCAGGUCUGUGACUCCCUGGAAAGUCACAUUGACCCUUUUGACUUGGAUGUUUUCACUCCACAUCUCAACAGCAACCUGAACCGACUCUCACAAAGGACCUCUGUGCUUUUAGGGUUGUUAACUGGCACAGAAAAGCAGUUUACCUCUAGGACCAACAAUAUCAACUCUCAGGAACCAUACAACAUCCUUCCUUUAGCUAGCAGCCAGAUCCGGUUUGGCUUGCUGCCUUUGAGUAUGACAAACUCUCGGAAAGCCAAAACAGCCACACAUGGAGCAGAUAUAACUAGACCACUGUUUUACGAGACCUAGUAGAAGAGCUGCAGGAUCUGAAGGUGACGGGUGAUGUCGUGUUGUUGUGUGGUGCUGUUGCAUAUUGUUUUCAGUGAGCUUGCAAUGCUUAGUUUUGGAGUUACAAAACUUAAUUCACUGAUUGCAUCAGCUGAUAUGCUUUGUGAGUGCAACCCAUAGCAUAGUAGUUAGAUAUAUUCUGUAUAUUUAGCAGUGUUUGAGCGUUUAUUAAGCAGUAACAGGCUAUCAGCAUCAUCAAACAGAAUGUUUUGAACUUAAUACUAUAAUACAUGAAAAAAAAGACCACGUAGAAUGUACCAAAUAUCUCCAGCAACUGGCCAGAAAACUGCACGUAAAUCUGUACAUCAGUGCUUUGGCUCUGACUGUGUAAACAACUAUUCAAAGCUCUGUUUGAAUUUAUCUGUUGUGGUGUCACAACAUAAUGAGAUGCAAAUCAGUUUAUAAGGCAAUCUAAAUGCUUUUCUGUGGAAUUUUUUUUCUUCUUCAAUCCUUUUAGGUGGCUCCCUCUUCUGCUCCAGUGGACAGCUUCCGCCCAGGAAAUCUUUUCAGGCAGUUAGCCGAUCAAGAAGAGGAAUCUGCAGCCCCCUCUCUCUUUAAAUUAGGCUGGCUUUCUGGCAUGGCCAAAUAACCUUUUAUUGUAAAGUUUUUUUUUUUUUUUGUUUUUU